AGUCAAGCCAAAACUGAAGCUGCAGCCUACAGAUAAUAGAAGACUUGGAGCAAACUUUUUCUUUGUCAAGAAGAGCAAGUCAUUUCUCGCUAGAUCAUGGGGAUUCAUCAGUGUACAGCAGUUGUGCUGCUGCUCCUUUGUGCUUCAUUGUCCACUUACGGUCAACCAGCAGAAAUAAGGCGCCGUUAUGAGCAUUUCCUCACCCAGCAUGUCUAUGGAGGCAUAACUGAGCAGACAUGUGACAGAGUCAUGCGUCAGAGAGGCAUCACACGAUUUCCAACUGGCAAUGACUGCAAAGAAGUCAACACCUUCAUUCAAGCAAAUGGUAACCAUGUUAGAACAGUUUGUACUGGGGGUGGAACUCGACAAACUGAUAACAGAGACUUGUACAUGAGCAACAAUCAGUUCACUGUUAUUACCUGUACACUGAGAAGUGGGGAAAGACACCCAAAUUGCAGAUACAGAGGCAAAGAGUCUAGUCGAAAGAUUGUUGUGGCAUGUGAGGGCGAGUGGCCAACACACUAUGAAAAAGGUGUUAUUGUUUAGUCAUUGUAAGUUACUGUUCAUCUCUACUCUUCUCAUUUUGUCUUGUCAAUGCAUAAAUUACUUGAUUGUUAAUUCAUUUAUGUGCAUCAUGUGUCAAUGAACAAGCAACUUAACAUCCACAAAAUUGUAUGAUAAUAUGCCUUGGUGCCUGGAUAUGCAGUAAAGUAGUUUUUAAAGGGGACCUAUUUUGCCCCUUUUUACAAGAUGUAAAAUAAAUCUCUGAUGUACAUAGAGUGUGUAUGUGAAGAUUCAGCUCAAAUUACUUCACAAAGAAUGUUUUAUAUUUCUUUGAAACUUCCCCUUAAGCUUUGAUCCAAAUUGUGCCGUUUUGGUGACUGUCGCUUUAAAUUUAAAAGAGAUUUUGCUCUUUUCAGAAGAUCUAAGAAUUCCUGUGUGUCAGUAAAGUGGCAGAUUCUUCAAAAACAAGAUUAACUUCCUAUGCUAAUCAGGGAGAGAUUGUCAAUAGUGGGAGGGACUUACCCCCUCUGAUGGUAUGUACUAUGAGAGAAUGUCAAUCAAAGUGUUUCUGCUUUUAUCAAAUGUGACUAUAAAAAAUAAAAUUAAUAAAACUGUAUGAUUAGAA